ACUACAGACUACAGACACAGGUAGUUAGUUGGUAGCAGUACAGCAAAGGCCAUUGCCGAGUGGUUUCUUCUCUGGGGAGUGAAGGAGACUGUGCGUCGUUGUCUCUGCGCGGGAGGAAGCAGUUGACCGAGAGCUAUGGGCAGAGCAAGUGGCGCGCUGGGAUCGGUCGAGGAGUUCCUCAAGCGGUGCCAGCACUCCGGCGACGCCGCCUACGCUGAGCUCCGAUCACUCCUUGAACUUCUCGAGGAUCCGAUUACCCGAACCGAAACUCGGAUCUUCCUUGCGGAGCUUCAGAGACGCUUCGAGUCGAGAAACGCCUCCGAGCAGUGUCUCCAGACUUACCAUUUCCAAAUUCAGGAGGUGUAUCUCGAGCAGUAUGCAGGUUUCCAGAAGAGAAAGAAACUCCCUAUGAUUGUCAUACCCAGUAUAUUUAUGCCAGAGGAUUGGUCCUUCACGUUCUAUGAGGGACUAAACCGACAUCCUGAUUCUGAUUUCAAGGACAAAAUAGUUGCUGAGCUUGGUUGUGGGAAUGGAUGGAUAUCCAUUGCGAUGGCAGAGAAAUGGUUACCCUCAAAGGUGUAUGGACUUGAUAUCAAUCCACGAGCAGUCAAAAUUUCUUGGAUAAAUUUGUACUUGAAUGCUUUGGAUGAGAAGGGGCAACCUAUAUAUGAUCAGGAGAAAAAGACUUUGCUUGAUAGGGUCGGGUUUCACGAAUCUGAUCUAUUGUCAUACUGCAGUGACAAUCAGAUAGAACUUGAGCGAAUCGUUGGCUGCAUACCACAGAUUCUUAAUCCCAAUCCAGAUGCGAUGUCCAAAAUUAUAACUGAGAAUGCUAGUGAAGAAUUCUUACAUGCUCUGAGUAACUAUUGUGCCCUCCAGGGCUUUGUUGAAGAUCAAUUUGGCUUAGGAUUAAUAGCAAGGGCUGUCGAAGAAGGAAUUUCAGUUAUGAAACCUUCAGGGAUUAUGAUCUUCAAUAUGGGAGGACGACCAGGACAAGCUGUAUGUAAGCGCUUAUUCGAGCGGCGUGGUCUCCAUGUUAACAAGCUUUGGCAGACAAAAAUUCUCCAGGCACCUGACACAGACAUUGCAGCAUUGGUUGAAAUUGAGAAGAACAGUCCACACCGGUUUGAGUUCUUCAUGGGGCUUGCUGGAGACCAUCCCAUCUGUGCCCGAUCUGCCUGGGCCUAUGCCAAAGCUGGAGGUCACAUUUCCCAUGCUUUAUCAGUAUAUAGCUGUCAACUCCGUCAACCUACUCAGGUAAAGAAGAUAUUCAAGUUUCUUGAAAAUGGAUUCGAUGAUGUCAGCAGCUCUUUAGACCUCUCUUUCGAAGAUGACUCUGUUGCCGAUGAAAAAAUUCCAUUCCUUGCUUAUCUUGCUGAUGUUUUGAAAGAAAUUUCAUUUUUCCCAUACGAACCGCCUGCUGGGAGUAGACAACUUCGUAGUCUGAUUGCUAGAUUCAUGAAAACAUACCAUCAUAUUCCCCUUCAUGCAGAUAAUGUUGUCAUAUUUCCUUCAAGGACUGUGGCAAUUGAAAGUGCUUUACUUCUGCUGUCUCCGCAACUCGCCAUUGUUGAUGAACAAUUAUCCCGGCAUUUACCAAGGCAAUGGAUAACAUCCCUUAACAUUGAGAAAAAAGAAAGAGGAAUGCGUUCAGCACAAGCUAUCACUGUCAUCGAAGCUCCAUGCCAGUCAGAUUUGAUGAUAGAGAUGAUAAAGAAACUGAAGCCAGAAGUUGUGUUCACUGGGAUAGCACAAUUCGAGUCAGUCACUAGCUCCUCCUUUGAGCACCUUUUGAAUGUCACAAAAGAAAUAGGAUGUCGACUGUUCUUAGAUAUCUCAGACCACUUUGAGCUAUCCAGCCUUCCCUGUUCCAACGGCGUCUUCAAAUAUCUUGCCGGAAAUACUCUUCCUUCACAUGCUGCUGUUGUCUGUGGCUUACUUAAAAAUCAAGUCUAUUCGGAUUUGGAAGUUGCAUUUGUGAUCUCUGAGGAGGAGACAAUGUUCAAGGCACUGUGCAAGACUGUGGAGCUUUUACAAGGAAACACUUCGAUCAUCAGUCAGUAUUACUACAGAUGUAUCUUUCAUGAGCUUCUAGCGUUUCAGCUUACUGAUCGACAUAUGGCUCCACAGAGGAUCUGUGACAACCAAGGAGUAGAUGAUGGCUUUGCCAGUUCUACGGCCUUCUCCAUACUCGAUCAUGCCGAGUUAGCAGUGGACGAUCCGGAUGGCGACACACUUGUUCAUAUGGACGUCGACCAAAGCUUUCUCCCUAUAUCAACUCCAGUCAAGGCAGCCAUCUUCGAGAGCUUUGCUCGGCAGAACAUAACAGAGCCCGAAACUGACAUUAAACACGGCAUUCAGCAAUUGAUCUACAGCAACUAUGGCUUUCCAGCCAACCGCGACGCAGAAUUCAUCUACGCAGACAGUGUAGUGGCACUCCUCAGCAAGCUAAUACUCUGCUGCAUCCACGAGGGGGCGACACUCUUCUUCCCGACCGGAUCGAAUGGAAAUUACGUAUCUGCAGCUAAAUUUCUGAAUGCUAAUGUCGUAAGCAUCCCUACUGAUCCAGAGCACGGAUACAAGUUAACCGAGAAAACUCUUGCUCGGGCAUUAGAUACUGUCGCUAAACCGUGGAUCUACAUUUCGGGUCCAACCAUCAGUCCCACCGGAUUGCUAUACAGCAACGACGAGAUCGAUAAGUUAUUAUCUGUAUGUGCUAAGUCCGGAGCUCGAGUGAUUCUCGAUACUUCGUUCUCUGGAGCAGAGUUCGACUCCGAAGAAGUUAAAGGCUGGAAUUUGGAGCCUACUCUCGCGAAACUUUCCUCGACUAACUCAAACUUCUGUGUUUUCCUCCUCGGCGGAUUGUUUAACAAGAUGCUAAGUGUCGGGAUUGGGUUUGGAUUUCUUGUUAUCGACAGGCCAUCCAUGGCUGAGACCUUCCGUAGCUUCGGGGGACUUAGCAAACCCCACAGCACCGUUAAAUACGCAGUUAAGAAUCUGCUAGAUCUCCGGGAGAAGAAGACAACGGACCUGUCGAAUGCAAUCUCGAAGCAGACGGAAAUACUCCGAAGCAGAUACAAACAACUGAAGCAGAUGCUUGAAAGUUGCGGCUGGGAAGUGCUCGGAGCUCAAUCUGGGAUAUCGGUUGUAGCGAAGCCGGCUGCCUAUUUAGGUAAGCCGGUGAGAAUCAUGGAAAUAUCAGGCGACGGCAUGCAGGAAAUGAAGGUGGAUGAGUCGAAUAUCCGGGAAGCCGUUGUAAGGAGCACGGGGCUGUUGAUUAACAGCCCGGCGUGGACCGGAAUUCCGGGAUACUGCCGGUUCACGGUGGCCGUGGAAGACCGCGAGUUCGAGCGGGCUCUGGAUUGCAUCCUUAAAUUCAAAAGCUUCCAAGUAAAAUAACUGUGUGAUCGAUCGUAUCAGUUUCCUAAUAUUGGAUGAUGGAAGAUGAUUCUUAAUUAUUAAGGGUGUGUUUGUUCGGGGAUUGGAUUUUGAGUUUUGAGAUUUGAAUAGUAAAAAAAUUGAAUUUAAAUAA